CUCCGCGCUUCCUCCUCUUUCACUUUCCUUUCCGCGGAAAGCGGGUCCUGCCUCUCGAGCAUGGACGACCCGAACUGCGAUUCCACCUGGGAGGACGAGAGCGAGGAGGAUGGCGAGGACAGCCAGGCGGAUGAUACGGGCGAUGCGGACACGGGCGACGAGGAAGGCGACGCGGAGGAGACACGGCCAGGCGUGUUCCAGCCCAAGAUGACAGGGUAUCGAAACUGGCGAGCUAUGCAGGACAUGCAAAGGUACCGACACCACUAUCCGGAUUUGGCAGAUCAAGACUGUAAUGGUGACAUGUCCAACCUGAGUUUCUACAAGAAUGAGAUCUGCUUCCAGCCAAACGGUUCUUUCAUUGAGGAAAUUCUUGAGCACUGGAAAGACAACUAUGAGCUCCUUGAAGAGAAUCACUCCUACAUCCAGUGGCUGUUUCCCCUGAGGGAACCAGGAGUGAACUGGCAUGCCAAGCCCCUCACACUCAAGGAGAUUGAGGAAUUUAAACGCUCCAAGGAGGUCAAAGAGCGUCUUGUCCAGGCCUAUGAACUCAUGCUGGGCUUUUAUGGGAUCCAACUUAAGGACCGGGACACAGGUAUAGUCUGCCGUGCACAGAACUUCGAGCCACGCUUCCGCAACCUGAACAGACACAGCCACAACAACCUGCGUAUUACGCGCAUCCUCAAGUCACUGGGUGAGCUGGGCCUAGAGCACUACCAGGCACCACUGGUCCACUUCUUCCUGAAGGAGACACUACUGCACGACAAAUUACCCAGCGUGCGCCAGAGUGCCCUGGACUACUUCCUGUUUGCCGUGCGCUGCCGGCGCUGGCGCCGCGAGCUGGUGUACUUUGCUUGGAAGCACUUCAAGCCACACUGCCAGUUUGUCUGGGGGCCCCAUGACAAGUUGCGGAGAUUCAGGCCCCAGCUACUCCCGGCACUAGGGCAGGCAGAUAAGGAUGAGGGCUCCAGAAACCCCUUCCGAGAAGCUGGCACACGGGGUCGGACCUAUGGAUCUGGAAGGAACCUGGGUGGGGACAGUGGAACAACUGAGGAUCCCUCACUGCUGAGCACAAAGCCCCAAGAUGAUGUGGGAACCUUGGAUGGGGACCAGAGGGGUGAGGCUGAGUCACAGAGCCCCAAAGAGAGCAAGAAGAGAAAGUUGGAGGGAAACAGGCAGGAGCAGAUCCCAUGGGAUCCUCAGGUAGAGAAAAUUGUCCACAACCUUGAGGGGUGUGCCCUCAGCCCUAGCAGCCAGGAACCCAGGGAGGCUGAACAGCCCUGUCCUGUUACCCAUGGGGCCGGGGUGACUGAUGAGGUAAGAAAACGUAGGAAGGUGGAGGAGGGGACUGAGGGAGAUGGAGUAGCCAGUAACCAUAGCACUGAUAUGUUAUGCCCUGCCCUGCCUCCUACACCUUCAGAGUGUGCUGAGGCCCAGAAAGAUGAGAAUGGACCAGAGGACUCAGAAAGCCAGGUGGGGUCAGAGGACUCAGAAAGCCAGGCGGGGACAGAGGACCCAGAAAGCCCGGUGGGGAUAGAGCAAGAUACCUUUGGGAACUUGGUGGAGCACCCUGAUACCACAGAAGUCUCAGUGGGUGAGUCAGAGAAGUUGGCAGGGAUGGGGGCCUCUGCUGAACCCCCAAAGCCUUAGAGGUGCAUCUCAGUCCUACUCUGCCCACUGCAGGGGUUGUCUUGAGUCCCUGAGCCCCAUUGUUGGCUCUUCUUGGUGCCCCACAGUGCUGGCCUCUCCCUGGUGGCCACUGAAGCAGCCACCAGAGGGACUAAGGCCCUGCCCUCAGGGAAGGCCAUGGCCUUUAGAACCCUCCUUACCUCACUGUGUCCUCCCCCACUGCCCUCUGAGCCCGUGUUUGUGAACAGAUCCUAAGGGUCUUGGGGGAGGGGCCUCUUUUCUUAGUCUGGUGCCAAGUGAGGCCUUUUCUGAAUAAACUCUUUAGACUUUGA